AUAGUUUCCUUUGUCUCUAUAAGAUAUUUUUUCAGAUAGUAAUCAAAUAAAUGGAAUUCAAAAGAAUUAAAAAAAAGGUAAUUCUGUAUGAAUGGCAACCCUGUUGGUAAAUGAAAAAAAUAAACUCAGUCUAGAUGACAGACAGGAUGUUUUUGAUAGGGUAACGUGGCGCCAUCAUGACACAUUUGCAGAGAGGAACAGUCCCCAGUACUAAUGAGACCCAUUACAAGUCGAGCAAGGAAAAUUACGACUCCCAACCUAGAAUUCUACUGAAAGUAAAGAAGAAAGAAGAUAUUCCAUCUAAAUCUGAACCGGUCUUCACUAUAGCCGCUAAAACAUAUCUUCCAAAGACAGUAUCACGCCAACAAAAAGAGCAACUACCACAUUGGCGAACACAUGAAAGUUCACAUUCGAUGCACAAUGACAUGAUGAAAUGUAUCGCUAUUAUAACAGAUAGUCUUACAUUAAAUGUACGGGCACUAGACUAUUUACAAGAGACGAACUCAGAUUUUAUCGUUAUUGGUUCAAUUGGUAUGCAAUCUACAGGAAAGUCUAGCAUUUUAAAUAUGCUAGCUGCAGGUACUUCCAAUGUCUCAGACGAAGUAUUCUCUGUGAACAGUAUAUUAACACAAGAUCCGGAUGAUUUUGCAAUUCGUAUGCACAUAACCGAAGAUAGAGUUAUCUUAUUGGACAGUUCACCUGUGCUUUCAAAUCGAGGACAUAAGGAUUUUAUCGUCAGUGAAUUGGAAGACAUUCAGAAAAUUAUCAUGCUUUUAAAUGUCUGUCACAUUGUGCUGGUGCUGCAGGAAGAUUUUUUAAACAUUAACUUCAUAAGGUUGCUUCUCAGUGCAGAGAUGAUGAUCCAAAAAAACAAAUAUGAGUCUUACUUGAAACCGAGUAUUAUCUUUAUAAACAACAAGUGUAAUCGAAAGGAUAUUACAACCGAAAGAAAUGAGCUAUUUGAAAUAUAUUACAAAACUCUUUUCAAAGAUUCUAAACUUCAAAUUUUUAGUAACAUGUGUGAUUCACAAGUUAAUAUUCUACAAAUUCCAAAAUUAAACCCUGAUAAUUUAUAUGUUACUACAAAUGUGCAGAAAUUGCGUGAGUGUGUAUUCCUUGCACCAAUACAUGACACUGUCAGAGGCCAGGAAACAUUUAAUGAGAAAGUAUGGUUUCAAAUAGUAACCAAAAUAUUGGAAAGUUACAGCAACAACUAUUUCAUAAGAAAGUAUGACAACUUAAAAGAAAAAUACAAUUUACAUAAUCACGUCAACGUGGUUGAAAAUGCAGCUAAAGAAAAACAUAUGAAUUUCAUAGAUUUCUAGUAAAGUGUUACGUACUAUUUUUCA